AUGCCCGAAUCAAUCCCUGCGAUCAGAAUCGCGGCCACCACUGGCAUUGUCGCAUCUGCCUGGAUCUCUGGAUCCAUUGCCGGCCUGUCCCUGAUGGCAGUGCCGGGCAUGGCGGCCGGCCUCGUCCCAGCACAGGAGCUGGCCAGGCAGUGGGAGGCCAUGUUCAACAUUGGCAAAAACCUCGGCCCCGGCAUGGCGCUGUUUACGCUGCUCCCGUACAGCUACGCGGCCUACCAGCGCAGCGCGGGGAACCGCGACUGGAGGAGCUACGCCGUCGCGUGUGGCCUGACCCUCGCCAUCGUCCCAUACACCCUGAUCCUGAUGCGGCCGACAAACAACCAGCUGCUAGCGGCUGCUGCGGGCGCCACGCGGUCGCUGGGAGACGAGGCCGUCAAGGACUUGCUGGGCAAGUGGAAGCUGCUGAAUCUCGCGCGUUCUUUCCUGCCGCUCUUCGGCUCACUGAUUGGGCUCUCGGCUCUACUGGCUUGA